AUAUCUGCUUCUCGCUUUUGUCUUGAGAGAUUUAUAUAAGUUCAUAUUUUCAUCACCUUUGGAGUGGUUCAAGGUUUAAAAGAGAUGCAGAAUGGGGUGGAGAGUGUUAGCUUCAAUACUGCUUUUUCUUGCUUCGCUGCUAGCAGAUGUUCGAGGAAACGAGUCUCCUAUUCUGACCCAAGAUAUGGACAAUACAGUCCUGUCGGAGAAUGCUCAAGUCGGCAGUGUGGUAGAAGUGCUGAAAGGUACGGAUCCAGAAGGCUCACCCGUUCGUUUCGGGAUAUCAGGAACGGACAAGUUCAGUGUGAAUCCAGUUACAGGUGAAGUUACCUUGAUUCGCCCUCUAGACAGAGAGGUGAAUGAUACGCUUAGAUUUUUUGUAACUAUUGAAGAUGAUGUAAACAAUUUGGUACAAACACCAGUCUCCGUUAUAAUUAUAGAUGUCAACGACAACCCACCUGCAUUUAAAAACGAACCUUACGAAGUAUCUGUAACGGAGAGUACUGACAUAGAAACUUUAAUAUUCUCUGGAAUAAUGUUAGAAGAUUAUGAUCUUUCUGGAGAAAUAUUAGAAGUUUUUUGCAAAGAUCAUGAAAUGUUUCCUGGUACAUGUGAAAAAUUUGAGAUAACCACUUUUAAUUCGAGCCAGCAAAGCUUUCAUGGUGGGGUCAUUCUAAAAGAAAAGCUAAAUUAUUCUGAACGACAGUUGUAUCAGCUUCUAUUAAUUGCAACAGAUGGAACAUUUAAUACAACAUCUAGUUUAGAAAUCAAAGUACUGGACAUUCAAGACACUCCGCCAUUAUUUCAAGGUUCUUUGACCGGUGUCAUUAAGGAAGACGAUCCAAUAGGAACGCUUGUUAUGACAGUGCAUGCCAAAGAUGGAGACAAAGGUGUUCCUCGGAAAAUCGUAUAUGAUCUAUUGACGAAUCCACAGGAUUACUUUCUUCUGGAUCCUGAUACAGGAGAACUAAGAACUGCCAAGCCACUGGAUCGUGAAGCAUUAUUGGAAUCCACUGGUGUUUUAACACUUCUGAUAAGGGCCAGAGAAAUCGUCGAUGGGGUACCAGGUAAUGAUUCCUUGACAUCGACCACGACCAUGGCAUCUGUAACGAUUAAGGAUGUGAAUGACGAACCUCCUCAGUUUAAUCAAAAGGAAUAUCAUGUUAAACUAUCGGAAAACACUCCUUUAGGAACACCACUCCCAAACUUAAACAUGACCAUUACCGAUCCAGAUGUUGGUAUUAAUUCUAGAUUCAAGUUAAGUCUAUCUGAUGUUUCUGGGGCAUUCGAUGUUGAGCCUUCAACGGGGUCUGGUUCGACAGCAGUUAGCAUUCGCGUAGUAAAUGGCCCCUUAGAUUAUGAAAAUCCUAAUAAUAGGAAGUUCAUUUUGCUGGUCAUAGCUGAAGAGACAGAAACUCCUCAAAAACUCUCAUCUACUGCUACGGUUACCAUUGAAAUUACUGAUGCUAAUGACAACGUACCGGAAUUCGAUAGUGAGGCAUACAGUGCUUCGGUUGACGAGACUGCAAUCCCAGGCGAUCCAGUGACUACUAUCACCGCUUCCGAUGUAGAUACUGGUUCCUUCGGCACGAAAGGAAUUGUGUACAAUCUCGUCGGGCAUGGUGCCGAGAAAUUUAACGUUAAUAAGAAAACUGGACUCAUAACAGUGGCACCAUGCGUGAUGCCUGGUUCACCUCAGUGUUUAGACUUCGAAACCAAACCUGUAUAUUAUCUCAAUUUACAAGCCACUGACAACGAAGGUGAGGGACAAACAAAGGUAGUUCCGCUCCAGAUAUCUUUAAACGACAAUAACGACAAUCCUCCAACUUUUACAUCAGACUCUUACAAGGCAAUCAUAGAUGAGGGAUCAGACAAGUUUGAACCUCCUCUUUUCGUUCAGGCUCGGGAUGUAGACAAAACUUCUGAAGUAAUUUACUCAAUCGUCGAUGGCAAUGUUAACAAUCUGUUUUCCAUAGAUCCGCUUUCAGGUGAAGUUACCGUUACUGACAGAAAUGGACUGGAUAUGACGAAUGUAUCUUCGGAUAUGAUUCACCUUGUCAUUCAAGCUUUUGAUGGUGUGUUUAAAGUCAACUGCUCGGCCGACAUUACAGUACUCGAUGUCAACAAUAAUCAUCCCAUUUUCGAACAGUCUGAGUAUACCAUAACCGUGCCAGAAGAUUCUCCGACUGGUACAAGUGUUGAAACUGUAGUUGCCCACGAUGCCGAUACCGGAAUAAAUGCUAAAUUGCUCUAUAGAAUAGAAAAAGGAGGGUUUGAUGAUUUUGGCAUCGACAACAGAACUGGAGUAGUCAAUGUGAUUUCUAAGUUGGAUUACGACAGAAGGAAUAGUUACCUUAUUCAUAUAAUUGCUGUUGAUGGAGGGACACCAGCUUUAACUGGAACUACUACUUUAAGCAUCGCCGUCGCCAAUACCAAUGACAAAAUUCCCUUUUUCUCACCCGCAACCCAGAGGGCAGAGGUCAAAGAGGAUGCAAAAGUUGGAGAAGUAGUCCAUCACCUCAUCGCCCAAGAUUUAGACGUCAAUUCAACAGAUGCCUUAAACUUUGACGUAACCGAGCCAAUAACAGCUGUUGAUAAGAACGGGAAAGAAGUUGAAGGAGAUGCUUUCAAAGACUUCUUCAGUGUAAAUCAAGCAACGGGAGUAGUAGCAGUCGCAAGACCUCUUGAGCGAGAAAUCGCAGCUAUUGUGAGAAUUACAGUAUUAGUUACCGACAUAACAGCAUCUACCAAGCAGCAGGGGACAGGAACUCUUAUUAUCACCAUUAUUGAUGUAAAUGAUUAUGCACCGGAGUUCUUGAAACCUUGGUCGAUUUCUAACCCUAGGUAUUCCGUUGAAGUACUGGAAGAACAACCCCCAGGCACGAUGGUCGGUACAUUCACAGCAAUUGACCAAGACUCGAAUAAUAUCUGGUACGAUAUAGAACCACCGAGUGAAUACUUCGAAAUAAAUAAUAUCACAGGUGCAGUGAAGACGAAGAUUCGACUGGAUUAUGAAAAAAGUCCUUCAUUACAAUUCAGUAUCGUCGCCUACGAUUCUGGAAUACCUCCGUUGUCAUCCACUGCUCACAUUUCAGUUAAUGUUGUCAAUAUAAAUGAUAUGAAUCCAAUUUUCAACCAGAGAGAAUAUACGUUUUGGGUAGAUGAGAACGCUGAGUCUGGUACAGUUAUUGGAAACGUAUCUGCAUCGGACGGCGACGCAGGAGAAGCAGGACAAGUUACCUACAGCCUUUCAGAGCAAAGCUUUGGAGAUUUCUCUAUCGACAAGAAUUCUGGUGAAAUAUUGGUUUUAAAUAAUUCCAAAUUGGACCGUGAGGCGAGGGAGGAAAUGACAAUCCAGGUGAUUGCGACAGAUGGGGCAAUUGGCGACGACGCACGAUCUUCCAUAGUACCUGUUCAUAUCAAAAUCAAAGAUGUCAACGAUAAUGCUCCUGUCUUUUCUCAACAUGAGUACAAAAUAAACAUUGUCGAAAGUAUUCCUCUUUCCCCUCCAGCUCCGAUACUUCAACUGAGAGCAGAAGAUAGAGAUUCUUCAAGUCGUCUGGAAUACUCAAUAGUUUCUGGAAACACUGGAGAUGUGUUCAUGUUGGAUAGUAUUACUGGAAUAAUGUACCCAAGGAUCUCAUUAAAAAAUCAGUUACCUUAUUACACGUUACUCGUACAAGUGAGCGAUGGAGUACACGUCGACGAAGCACGUAUAGAUAUCAACGUCCAAGCGAUUAAUCAGAACCAACCGGUUUUUACCUUCCCUUCAAAUAGCAAUUCAACUGUCUUCAUAAAAGAGAAUGACAACGAAGUGGGAGCAGUCGUACUGACAGUUAAAGCAGUCGAUGGCGAUAGCGGUGAAAACGGGCGCGUGACCUACCAUUUUAAAGUCAGAAAUGAAAACGUCCAAGAAACUGAGGAUUUCACAAUCAAUGCUGACUCCGGGGAAGUGAGAGCCAAGUCGAGCUUAGACCGAGAGACCAAAUCAUUAUAUCAUCUUGUUCUUGUCGCUCGAGACCAUGGCUCUCCCACAUGGUACGAAGCCUUGAGAUCUCUCACUAUUGAACUGUUAGACGUUGACGACAAUGUUCCAGAAUUCAGUACUUUAGAACCUUAUGUUUUUCAUAUCAAAGAAAAUGCUCCACCUCGUUCUAAAAUCGGAGUCAUUGAAGCUAACGACAGAGAUGAAGGCGAAAAUUCCAAAGUUUAUUAUUAUAUUGUUAAAGAUGAGUCGAAAUCAUUCGUAGUCGAUAAACUUAAUGGGACAAUAAUUUGUAGUGUUACAUUAGACAGGGAAGAGAAAGAUAGCUAUGAUAUCUAUGUCAAGGCUACUAAUGAUCCUGAUUACUAUGUAUCUAAGGAAAAAUUGGAUAUGAAGAAUCUAAAAGCUUCUAAGACAAUCGCUCACAUAAAAAUUUCUGUAAUGGAUGAAAAUGAUAAUGAGCCCUUCUUCUACAGUACUGAAUAUAAUGCAGGAGUUUUAGUGAGCGCUCAUGGAGGAGAGUUUGUAGCUCAGCUGACGGCUACCGAUAAAGACGCAGGAGCUAACGGUUCUCUAUCCUACUUGAUCCUGACGUCUCACCUCUUCAGGGCUGGUUCAAAUGUUUCGUCAGGUUCCGUCAUUCCCAGUCCAUUCACCAUCAGCGAGACUGGAAAGCUAACGACUGCGGCACUUGUCGCAGAAUACAAUCAAGAAAGAUUUAAAUUGGAAGUAAUUGCCAAAGAAAAGGCUCCACCCUACAGAGAAGCUAAGGCUAUCGUUAAUAUAUGGAUUUAUGAGCAGCAACAGCUGAUAAGAGUCAUCCUCUCUCGCCCCCCAGAAGAGGUUCACAGAGAAAAGGAACAAAUAACGAUGGAGCUGAGUAACGUUACCAAGAGCCUCGUCGUCAUCGACGAGAUUAAAUAUCAUAUUGAUCCGCAGGGUCAGGUUCAGCAAGAAUGGUGUGAUAUGUACCUUCAUGUUGUCGACAAGAAAACCCAAAUGAUAUCUACCAUCCCAGAUGUCCUCAAGUUGAUAGAUUCUCAUUACGAUUUCUUGAAAGAUUAUUAUGCUGGAUUUGCAAUUGAAAAUGUUGUGCCUGCCUACGUCGGAGCAAAAGAAGAAACUUUCGAACCAGCUCUUGCUGCUUUGAUUGCUCUUCUCAUCGUUCUGUUUGUCGGAUGUGUCUCAGUUAUUGUUGUAUGCUGUUGCUUCAGGCAUUGGAUAGUCUCAGAACCUGUUGACAUGAAGCAAUCAGACAUGCUAAUUAAGAAAACUGUCAUGGACGAUCUGAACACCACUGAAAAUCCACUUUGGAUUGAGCAAAAAUUGAAGCUGUAUGAAGAGCAAGAAUUGACAAUGCAAGUCUUCUGCGAACCUGAAAACAAUCAAAUUCCCCCGCCUAUGGAAAGGAGAGACUCUGUAGAUAUGUCGGUGGUUGACAAUACUUAUGCUACGAUUCAGCACCCGAAUAGAAGAAGUUCAUUAAACACAAUGCUGUCGCUGGGGGCUGGCGAUUAUGCAACGUUGGGUGGUUCUGUCCUACCACUAGACAACGUCAGCUCGCAUAGUCAACAGAUGUUCGAAGCAGCUCUUGGCUUCCAAGGUUCGACGUUUCAAGUCCCAGAAAACCCCGAUUUGUUCAGAGCUAGAUCCGAGCUACGUGUGAACAAAGAUGGUCAACCAGAAUUUGUAUCAGAACUUAUAUGAUUAUGGUGAACUAAUCUCAUUUUUUGUAAAUAUUAAGUUAGUAUUUGUGUGUAUUGUCUUAUUGGAAGGCAUCCGUUCAAUGUUUUCUAAAUCCAAUGUACAUUCGUCAUCGAGCUAUGCCAUAAUUAUGUUUAUAUGUUUUAUUUAUUUAUAGUUUAGUGUAUAAAGACAUAGAAAAACUUUACGCUUUUUUUGUGUAAUUUUUUGUUAACAGUGCCAAAAGUGAACGAAUACUUGGAUACUUAACACUGUUUAUCUGCAGUUUAUUUCUAUCUAUGUAAUCUUAUUGCGGUAAUACUUCUUGAUACAACUCCUGGCUUAUGUACUUUAACUUAAAAUGGCUAAUUGAUAUGUUUUUCACCUUAUUACAAAAGAUACUUUGAUAUUUUAUUAAUUUACUUCAUCAUCAAGGAUUGGACUAUCGUCAGUUGUAGUGCUACUUUUCUUUUUUUUUAUUAUAGUAGAGCAUUUGUGAAAAUGUCCAUCUGAAAGAAGGCUGGUUCAUAGAGUGUCAAUUAUCUGGACUAAUCAAUAAAAGUUAUUAUUUGAGAUAUCUGAUACAAUUAUCAUCACCAUUAUCUCGGCCUCUUGUAUAUAAUUCAAAAUCUAUUAAAAAUAUAACAGAAAUAAUUUGAUAAUUGUAAUUUAAAGUAUUCGCUUUACCUUCAUUGGAAUAGAUAGCUCAUAUUAUUGCUAUUGACUAAAUUAAAAUUCUUAACAAAAUUUAAACGUGUAAAUUCAUAAUUUUAAUGAUUUAGGUCUUGAUUUUGUUAAAACAAAUAUCCAGCAACACAACUUAUUAUAAAUGAUGAUGCAAUUAGAAACAUUAUUAAACUGUUUCUCCAGGUUGUGUGAGAUUCUUUCGUGUUUCUAUUUGAGCUGAAUGAGUUUCAAAAUAUAAAACAACUGGUUAUUUCAAAUCUUGGAGGACACAAAUUCUUCAUUGUAGAUAAUUAUACUUCAAAAAUUGUAAAAAAAAAAAAAGAAGAAUAUCCAAUUUUUUUUAAAGUAAGUAAUUAUUAAUUUUCAGGAUUUUUCUACUUUUUUUUUUCUUAUUUUUGGAACAGAAAUAUUUUUCACUGGAUAUAAUCCCUUCUUGAUUUUGUGCCCAUUUGAUUACUGUUUUCUGUGUGAAGAUGCUACUUCAUAAUUUUGCCGUUCCUUUUCUUUAUUUUCUUGUCGUUUCCUAAGCAGUUCUUCAAACUCAAUAUUAUUUUCUCUUCACUUCAAAUUUGAAUUUUUACAUUCAAGAACGAUCAUCAUUUUCAAUAAGAGUUUCCUGUAAUAACGGUUGAGACUUGUCACCAGACCUGGACCGAAAACAUGUAAAUUUGUAUUAUCUUUGUUGUUCAUCACAUGUUUAUAUCAUAUGUUCUGUUACAAUUUUAAUUAUUUGAGUGUAAGUUGUAUAAUUGAGUAAGUCAUUUGCAAAUGAUUUAAUUAUUCUUUCAGAAUAUUUAAAUUACACGCAAUUAAAUAAUAAAACUAAUUUCAUCAUUCUUCUAGAACAAUAAGUUUUCCUGACUUACAAAUUUAAUUACACUCAAUGCAAAUAAUGACAAUAAGUGAACAUGUGAUAUAAACAAUGAAAACAAGUGAUGAAUAAUAAGUAUAAUAAAAAUAAUUUACAUCUUCCCCUUAAGCCCACCAU